AUGGCUGCUGAACCGUUAAGGGCCGUAGAUUUCCAUAGUCAUCUACCUCCCUAUCGGUCAUUACUUAAUCCAUCCAAUUACUAUGACUACAAACUCCACACAUUUAUUAAAGUUUUCUCCUCCAAGUUCAUUGCCGGUCUGAAUGCUUCGGUUACUUCCAAACAUUCGACAGGUAACAUAGUCGUUGUGAGAAAGAAGUUGAACCAUUUACCCUUGAUUCAGCUUCCUGAAGAAAUUCUCACCUUCAUAUUCAGCUUCUUGGACGUAGAAAACUUGUUGAAGCUACUCACACUUCAUCUGAAAAUUUAUAGGGCAAUAAAGCCAUUGAUCUACAAAUCAAUGCACUUCACUCUGUCAUACAAAUUGGCCCAAUUCAUAACGGUGUUGCGGAUAGAUUCUUCAAUCGGUCCAUUAGUUGAAUCCGUUGACCUCUCUUGUUUGGAAUCACACCUCACUUGGAGAGACUACAAACGGGUCAGUGCUUUCUCGCAAACUUCCCAAGCUUAUGACUAUUCCCGAACGCAGUUUGCAGCUAAUCAUAAUCGAAGCUACAGAAUGCAACAAUUACAGAAGCUCCGGAAUCGUCAACGUAGGUCCAAUCUGAGCCUCGCAAACAGCAAUGUUCAAAAAAAGUUUGCCAAAGAAAAGUCUUCUUUGAGUCAUCGUUUUAUUUUCUGGCGACGCAAGAAAUCAAGAGUAGCAGCCUUGGAAGAGUCAUCAUUUGAAGAAAGUGGUGAAAGUGGUCAAGUGACUAUCUCGCAUACAAAUGAUGCUCGAACUCAGAAUCACAAUACAGGAAAUCGCUACUCAAAUGGAACUUUGAAUAGUCCUAGUAUUACAACCACAACAACAAUUGACUACGCUGGAAGACGUCAAUCAUUUGGACAUGUCAAUGGAGCGUUGUCGCCCAUCAACUUUUCGCCUACUGAGUCAAUAGCAACAUUGCUAUAUUCACUGGCAUCGGAGACUUCGCCUAAGGAUGUUCCUAUCGGGUAUUUACUUCAUUUGCUCAACUUAUGCCCUAACAUGAAGUCACUCAACUUGGCAAAGGUUUCAAUCUCACAAGAUUACAAAUUGGUGAACUUUGAAAGAUACCACCAAUGGGAUCUAUUGUAUGUUAACUAUCCCAAUUUACCUCAACAGUUGAAUCGCUUCAUCCCUACAAGAGUGAGCAAUAGUAAAGCUAUUGAUAAGAGUACACCCAUAAGGAAGUAUCAUAGUUUAAUUUCUUCCAAAUAUUAUGACUAUUCUACGUAUCGAACUAUGGGUGAUUCGACAGUUUACUUGUCUGAUUUGACGAUAAGAUCUCUUGAGGAUAGCGCAAAUUUAUCAAAAGUGUUACCCUCUGCAUUAUUAAGCAAUAUGUUGCAAAAUUGGAAGUGUCGGUUGAACUACAUCAACUUGUCCCAAAUGAUUUGGCCAACAAAGGACUUGGUACGCAAGUUCAUCAUUGGGUUAAUUGAACGAUUGGGCAAGGAUAAUCUAAAAGAUUAUACAAUCGUUCUAGACUUGACAGAAUCUGGUAUGUUAAAAAAUUUGAUGUGGGCUAAGGAGAUUCGAUUAUUUGAGUCGGAGUUAGCGCAGAAGAUAAUUGACGAUGAUUUGUACACAGAGGAAGAAAUCAUGCAAAUGAGAGAGCGUGAAGGAAGAGCAACCAUUGGUCAAAAUUACCUUUCUUGGGUCAGCUAA